CCGCAUCAAUGAGCCUGUUGAUCAGAAAAAGUCCACUAGAUUGGUAAUGACACAGUUGACUGAUCAGUCCAGGAGAAAAUAAAAAACUCAGCUUUCACCUCCUCCUCUAUUUAAGUGGCGCGCUCACUCCUCAUUUUUAAUUUAGUCUACCUCAGAUGCUCACACCUGCCUGGACCGCCGGGCCGCGGGAUCCGACCAUGAUUUGGACCGCAGCUCUCAUGGUGAUUGCCGCUUCGCUCGCCGGUGCAGAAGAAGACUACUGUUACAAUGAGCCACACUGUGAUCCUUACGCGUGGGGAGACACCUUCCCCUCUUGUCACCCCUUACUUGAAAACCACCACUCUCCCAUCGACCUGGACCAUCACAUGACCAGAAACGACUCCCUGGGGGCUCUACAUCUGGAGGGCUUCGACGAGACCCAGACGGGCCACUGGACACUCAAAAACGACGGACACUCCGUCAUCCUGCAGGUCGGGAGCGGCAUGGCGGUGAGCGGCGGGGGCCUCCCAGAUGUGUACCACACCAUCCAGCUCCACUUCCACUGGGGAGCUCCGGCCGCCAACGGCUCUGAGCACACGGUGGACAGACGCAGAUACCCAAUGGAGAUGCACAUAGUCAACAUGAAGUCCAUCCACCCAAAUAUGUCCGCAGCCUUGGACGACCCGACGGGACUCGCUGUUCUGGGAUUCUUCAUCGAUGUUGUUUAUGCAGACAACGUGCACUUUGGACACAUAUCGCAAAAACUGUCCUCGGUUGCUUAUAAAGGCCAAACAACUAAAGUCAAGCCAUUUCCACUGAUGAGCCUUCUGCCAAAGCACAACAUGAGUCAGUAUUACCGUUACUACGGCAGCCUCACCACCCCUCCAUGCUCUCAAGUGGUUCUGUGGACUUUAUACGAAGUGCCCAUCUACAUCUCAUGGUCCCAACUGGCUCAGUUUACCUCACAGAUCUUCUCCACGGAGGAGGAUGCGGAGCAGGUGACACCUCUGCAGAACAACUUCAGACACGUCCACCGCGCCUACAGCCGCGUCGUCUCCGCCUCCAAAGAUGCCCGACUCCUCAAAGGGACGGCCGGGCAGCCCCUCGGGUCGACGGCGUCGCUGUUUCUUCUGCUCCAGAUCCUUCUGCUAGGAAGCUUUAUCUCUGGUCUUUAGUGAUUUAGUCUGAAUCAUGAAACAGUAAAACACCAAAAAAAAAAAGAAAAAAAAAAGUUCAUUCAUCAUUAAGAUGAGGUUUUGUGGUCAUAGAGGUUUAUUAUUUGAAAAUAGUGGAAUAGGAUAGUUAAUAUAAGAAACAAACUGUGAAAAAGAAGAGUACUGUAAGUUCGACAUUUAACGUCUCAUGUAUAUUUAACUCCAAUAGCGCAUUGCUAACAGUUAGCCGUGGUAGCAUCGAAACACGUUGUAUUUUGGCAGCCAUAUGUGCAUUUGUAACCGAGGCCUUUUGCACUCGUGUUUUCUUGAAAACUACAGUUCUCACUUUUACUAUAAGAUGGAUAGUUAAAAGAAAGGUUUUAGUAAAAAGAAAUUUCAAAACAAAGAAAAAAGGUGAGGAGGAAACAGCCAUGCUAGCAGCAUGUGAGAAUGCCAUGUAGCAUGUUAGCUAACAAUGUACUGCUGAUUGUCAUUAGCUUUUUGAAGUAUUUGGCCACCACACAAGGUAUUAGACAAAAAUGCUGCCUGAAAAUGAAGUUAUGACAUAGGAAGUUGUGUAUGAGACUUAUGAACUCAGAGCAUAUGUCCUUUUCUGAGGCCAAGAACAGCACAAGAAGAAGCUAAUAGCUAAUAAAGAGUUCACUUGUGAACAUGGUGCCCAUUUGAAGGCAGCAAAACUGGUGAUGGUGUUAGAGUUAAGGUCUUUAAAGAUUCAUCAUCUAGGAACCACAGCUCUCAAGAGAAAUAGUCAAAUAUUCUCAUAUAGUCUCAACACUGAUGCUAAGUACGGAGGUGCCACGGGGAAACAUGUUUGUCUGCUAUUCUUUUAGUUCAAACUAGCAAAAUCUGUCACAGGGUAGAAAAUAGAAGGGGAAGUUGUGGAAGUUGUUGUUGUGUUGUCUUAAUUAUGCCAGAAGUUAGUCCUCUGGGGGCCCUCGUUCUCAUAUUUCUUCAUGGGGCCCAAAUCUGUAUCCAUACAGUAAAAGUAAAACUGGCAGACAUUUGGACAUAGAUGGAAUUAAUAAUGUGUAUUUUAUUUUUCAUGCUGCCUCACUGCUGUCAUUCAUAAAUGGAACGGAGCCAUUGUUGAUGUUAUCCCUGCUUGUCCUGUUAUGACACUUGUCUGCCGUGAAAACGCCCCACACAAAAACACAUUAAGGAAUAAUGUGUAGAUUCCCAGUGGGUUGACCUCGCCUGCAUCCAGCAUGCAAAACUGUUUCACUCGUGUGUAUGUGUCUCAGUACCUCCAUUAGUUUUGUAUGUUUGCCAGCAUCAGUGUGAACUAGCAGCAUGUAAAGGAGGGUUUUACACAUGCAAAUAGACAACAAAGCACCCGCCAGAAAAAAAAAAGGUGCCAGCUGUGGGGUUGAGACGUCCAUCAGUGUUUGACUUUUCUUUCUUUUUUCUUCUUCUUUUUUUUUAAAAAAAACUGAAUCUAAUCACAUUUUGUGUAUUCUAACAAUAAAACAAACAUUAUUCUGUCA